AAGUGUGGUUGCAGCGAUGCAAAUUAGUGAUGAAAACAUUCAAACAGACGAAGAACAGUUUGAUGUGUUCCGACCAUUUCGUCGACAGAGCCGGACCAUCACCUGUUCAUCCAAUUCCAUCACUAUUUGGCAGCAAAAUUUUCAAAACUUCGAAACUUGAUGAAAAUCUGGAUAUUGAAAGUGAAGUUGUAAUCAAUAUGGAGGAGGAGAGUGAUCUUAACAGCAGCAACAGUUCAAACAGCUCAUUUGAAUUGGCUCAGGGAUUUGUAACAUCAGAAUCCAUUCUUGACACAUCAUUGCGAGUACAUGAUUAUUUUGGACAAACAGAUUCAGAUCGAUCAACAAUACGAAACCAGUACGUACAAACCGAGGCUACAUCAAUAACAGUUGAAACUCAAACAGAUGAUGCAAGUGUGUCCUUUUUUAAAGAUGUUGGAUGUCAAACGGUUGAUAUUGAAUGUGUUGAUGCUAGUGAACAAGUGUGUCUACCUUUAUUAACAUAUGAUGACAUUAAAUAUGAUGAUCAGAAGAUUCUUUUUUAUACUGGAAUACCAGACAGCGAUACAUUUAAGGCCCUUUAUGAUGAAGUGAAAGAUGAUGCUGAGGAACGGACAGCACGAGGAAGCAAUAGUACCCACAGGACUGGAAGUGGUGGCCGCCCUAGGAUAUUAAGAGUCGUAGAUGAGUUUUUUUAUGGUGCUUAUGCGACUGAGACUGGGACUUUUGCUUGAGGACCUAGCCUUCAGAUUUUGUGUGUCCACCACCACUUGUGGUGACAUUUUCAACAAGUGGCUUGAUUAUUUGGACUGUCAGUUAUCU